CUGAUAGGAUCACUUGGCCGGAAGGUCUAGGGCGGAUGAUUUGGUACUAGCUCAGAUGGCGGCUGCCGCAGCGAGUCGGGGGAUCCGUGCCACAUUGGGCCUCCGUGAGAUUCGUAUCCACUUAUGCCAGCGCUCGCCCGGAAGCCAGGGAGUCAGGGACUUCAUCGAGAAACGCUAUGUGGAGCUGAAGAAGGCGAACCCCGACCUGCCCAUCCUAAUCCGCGAGUGCUCCGAUGUGCAGCCCAAGCUAUGGGCCCGCUACGCAUUUGGCCAAGAGAAGAAUGUCUCUCUGAACAACUUCAGUGCUGAUCAGGUAACCAGAGCCCUGGAGAAUGUGCUAAGUGGCAAAGCCUGAAGCCUCCACUGAGGAUUAAGAGCAAGAGCCCCAGAGCCUGAGCUCUGCUGGACUGAGUACAAUGUGGAGAAACGUGUUCUUCUGUUCUUUAUAAAGCUUGUGCUGAAAA